AUGGCUAUGAAUGAACAUUUUAACCGCACCGACUUAAUUGGAACCCACAUCACAAAUCAUACAAGGACAUGGAAGAGGAAGUAUAAACAGAUAGUGCACCUCAAAUCAUUGAGUGGUGCACUUUGGGAUGAAGAGAACUUUAUGAUUGUUCUUGAUCAUGAGCAUUACACAAACCACAUUAAGGACCACAAAGAAGAUGAACCCUUCCUUAACAAGCCUAUUAAACAUUAUGAAGAGAUGCUGGUUAUCGUUGGAGCUAGCAUGGCUACAGGGCAAUAUGCAAAAGGCUCAAGUGACCCUUUAGGUACAGAUGUGAUUGAUCUUGAAGAACCGAAAGCCAACAAAGCUGCUGCCCCUCAUGACGAGGUUUCCCAAUCACCCACUUGUGGCGAGUCAGCUGCUCCCAAGUUGAAGAAAGCCAAAACCAAUCCUUCUGCAGAAGACAGGAUGCAUGCAACCAUAAUGGCUUCAAGUGAAAGGCUUGCUGUUGCCAUAGAGAAACUUAUUAGCAGCGCCAACCCUGCCAUUGAUGGUCUUUGGGAUGAGAUGAAAGAACUCCCUGGUUUUGAUUUGGAUUCCCUUGCACAUUACUAUGCCUAUUUGGUUGACAAUCCUCGUGUUGCAACAGCAUUCAAGGUCUUGGGAGAUGUCCAGAGAAAGGUUUGGGUCUCUAGGUAUGUGAAGAGUACCUUCCCUGAAGCCGAAGCAUGA